AUGACUACCACACAAUGUAGUGAAAAUAUGAAUGCAUUUUUUGAUGGUUACAUGUAUUCGUCGACCACAUUGAAGGAAUUUGUGGAUCAAUACGAUAAUGCUUUGUGUAAGAAAGUUGAGAAUGAGAGUGUUGCUGAUUUCCAUUCUUUUAAUGUCACGAUUUCAUGUGUAAGCAGGUUUUCUUUGGAGAAGCAAUUUCAGCAACUUUACACCCAUGCAAAGGUCAAAGAAGUGCAAGAGGAGAUUAGGGAGGUGUUUUAUUGUACUAGCUUGCUUCUAAAAAUUGAAGGUGAAAUUAGUACUUAUCAAGUGACUGAACGAGUAGAAAUGAAUGAUGCCUACACAAAAAAAGUAUGCUUUAAUGUUUACUAUAACGAAGCUUCAUGUGAAGUGAACUGCUGUUGUUGCAAUUUUGAAUCAAGAGGAAUUUUGUGUAGACAUGCAAUAUGUAUAUUGACCACACUUGAUGUUACAGUAUUGCCAGAAAAAUACAUUCUCAACCGAUGGAGGAAGGACUUGAAUCGAAAACAUCAAUUUAUCAAAAGUAGUUAUGAUUCCUUGAUUGGCAACCUUACUGCAGAACGUUAUUCCGACCUAUGCAAAGAUAUGUUGGAGUUAGCAUCAAUUAGAGCGACAACCGUGGACAAUUACACGAUAGUGAAAAAUCAUGUUUUAGAGUGUUAUAAGAAAUUAAGUGGACCAAGGAGUGAGCAAAUUCCACCUUCCCAAUCACUCCCAGAUGCAUCUAUUAUCGGUAAUGUGUCCAGUGAUAUGGCAGUGGAAAGUCAAAACGUACUUAAUCCUUAUGUGGUUUGUACUAAAGGGAAGCGAGCAUCAAAAAGGAAAGUUUCUGAAGUUGCAAAAAGUGGUGGUGAGGAAGUCAGAAGGAAUAAAGAAUCAACCGGGUGA